AUGCCAAAGACCUACACUUGCUCUAUCUGCAACCAAACUUUUCCCAAGUUCACCGACUGCAAGAUACACAAGGCCAUGCAUUCACCAGAAAAUAUGUGGUCAUUCAUCACCAUCAUUGAUUCCACCCAAUCAACAAUUCUAUUUGAUUUCAUUUUAGCAUGGGCGAGCAAUGCUUCAUCUGUCCUCAUGAUGGCUGUAACUACAGAGCUCACACCUCUUCAAACCUCACACAUCAUCGCAAGAAAGAACAUGGGUCGUGCGUUACCUAGUCUGCUAUGCUUGAGGUGGCAAGCACGUUCGACCCUUAAGGGGAAGCAAGUGCAGCGAAGAUCUAGAGUCUGUAUACCAGCAGCCUGA